CUUAUGAUCUUUUUCUAAAAAUAACAUUUAAAUACAUGAACAUAAAAUUUAGCCAAAUAUUAUAUUAACAAAAAUAUAGAUUUUUUUUUCGAUUAGGCUGUGUGGUGCGGGUUUUAAGGUGGUACUGGAGGGGGUGGUUCAUUUCGGUGUCCAUGAUAUUUCCGGUGGUACUGGAGGGGGAUAGGAACAUGGACAGAGGCGGUAAAAAAGAAUUACCGGCCCUAUACGUCAAUGAUGAAGAUGAUUCGAUGUUCGGAAUUCUCAGUGUUUACCGUCGAUCAACAUUACAUACUAGCCACGAGACAGAGUUGGAUAACAAGACAGUUUUAAAGGAGAAAUCUUCUCAAAUACAAGCAAAGGAUGUGUCGACACCGGCUUCUAAGAAAUUAAAGUCACGUGAUCAGCCAAGAGCUGUCGACAUGUUAUAUCACAAAAUGUUAAGAAAUUUGUCAAAUGGUGAUGACCCCAAACAAAGAUAUUCUCCAAUAAAGCUUAUUGACUCCGGAACUUUCGGUCACGUGGUCUUAGCCAAAGCGAAGCUAAACGGGUCUAUGGUUGCCAUAAAAAUCAUGGAAGUUAAAAAACAACCAUUUGCAGUGUUGGCUAACGAGGUCAACAUAAUGAAGAGGAUUUACCAUGAAAAUGUUGUCACCGCACUAGAUGCAAUUUAUGUGGAAGCUGUAAAGAAAUUCUGGCUUAUCACGGAGUACGUGAAUGGGUGUUCACUGAGGAAGAUAUUAAGAAAUGUAUCGUUAGAAGAAGGACUGUCACAGAUAUGUUACAUAUGUAGUCAAUGUGUGAAAGGUUUGGACUAUCUCCAUAAAGAAAAACAUAGUUCAUAGAGAUAUCAAAAGCAACAAUGUGGUGGUGGAUGUACAUGGGAGAAUAAAGAUAACAGAUUUUGGAACCAGCUACAUAUAUGAUAAGAAUGACAAGAAGAACGAAAUAGUUGGCUCACCGUGCUAUAUGGCACCGGAAGUUGU